AUGACAAAAGUGCCAAUAGUUUAUCACCAGGGAUAUAAUAUUGCCUUCUGGCACCUUGAAAAGGUUCAUCCCUUUGAUACACAAAAAUAUAAACGCAUUCAUAGAAUUCUUAUCUCAAAUGGUAUUUUUGAUUUAAACUCUUUUUAUGAACCUUCACCACCGACUCAACUUGAUUUAGCCAACCUUCAUUCCACUCAGUACCUUGAUUCCUUAAAUAGUAGCUCUCAGCUACAAAAAAUUUUAGAGGUACCGUUUGUGGCAAUGUUACCAAAUGUUUUAUUAAAGAAAAAAAUUUUGGAUCCUAUGCUAUUACAAACUGGAGGAAGUGUUUUAGCUGCAGGUGACUUUUAUACCUUUAAAAAUCAACUGGCAUUGGAUUACGGUUGGGGAAUUAAUUUAGGGGGUGGUUUUCAUCAUGCACAUCAUGAUGGAGGUGGUGGUUUUUGUGUCUAUGCGGAUAUUACUUUAAUGGUAGAAACAAUACUAAGCAAAUAUCCAAACAAGGUUUCAAGAGUUAUGAUUGUAGAUUUAGAUGCUCAUCAGGGAAAUGGACACGAGCGUGAUCUAGCCAAUAAUUCUAAAGUCCAUAUUGUAGACGCAUUUAAUUCUCAUAUUUACCCUCAGGAUGACGAAGCUUUUGCAUAUACUCCAACACCAAUCCCAUUGUCAACUCCUGAUCUUAGACAUGAUGACAAGUAUCUUCCCUUAAUUCAAUCAAAUAUAUUUCAAUCAUUUCACAAAUUUCAUCCCAAUUUUGUUAUCUAUAAUGCUGGAACGGAUUGUCUAGAAGGUGAUCCAUUGGGGGCUAUGAAUCUUUCUUCAGAUGCGAUUUUAAAAAGAGAUGAACUUGUUUUUCGAAUGGCACUAGAUCAUGGAAUUCCUAUUGCUAUGGUUUUGAGUGGUGGAUAUCAGAAAAAAAAUGCUGAAAUUAUUGCAUCAAGUAUUCUAAACUUAAUUAAGAAAUUUGAUCUGGUAGGAAAAUGUAAAAAAUCUGAUAAAGGUCCCAACCCAACUUAA